AUGGAGAGCUCAGAUGUCUUAAGCUCGGAAGAGUAUAAAUCUAGCGAUACGCCAUAUCUACCUCAUCUCGUCAUUCAGUUGAUCCAAUGCCAACAGUGCUCCCGCCCCUUGCGAAGUCCGCUCCGCCUACCAUGCGGGAAUUCGGUGUGUCGGGAAUGUUUACCCGCCUUUCGGCCGCGGACUGGUAUUACUUACCCCGUGACUGAGGGGAGGGACCAGGAAUUUACAUGUUUUUGGAAAGGAAACAAGGCGUGUGCUGGGGAGCAUUGUGUUGGAGAUUGUGGCGCUGAUGUGCUGCUUGGAAAGCUGGUUGGUCUUUUUGGAGAGAUACUGGGGUCAGAGGCAAACAACUUGCCUCAAGAUUGGUCUCAGGAUGACGGACUAGUACUGCGGUGGAAAACCGAGAGGCAGAAUCAAAACGGAAGUGAACAGUUGCAGCGGCAUGGGUUGCUCGGAGGGAUCUAUAACCUGGCACUGGAAGGCCGGCUCCCGUCUGACGCAUGUGAGGUUAUCUAUGGAGAUUCUACAACCCCAGCCGAAAUAAUAGAAGCGCAGGAUAUUAUUCACUUCCAGACACUGCGAGACAGUCUCCGCGCUGAGUUAGACUGUCAGGUUUGCUAUUCACUCGUUCUGGAUCCGAUGACCACGCCCUGUGGCCACACUUUCUGCCGAAAAUGUGUCUCGCGGGUCUUGGACCAUACCGAUCUGUGUCCCAUUUGUCGCCGGAAGCUAGGCAUGCCGAACGAUCUACAGUCGGAGCCCAUAAAUCAGGCUGUGGCUCAGCUCAUCGACUUCUUUUUCCCCGACCAGAUCUCAAUCAGGCGGGAGACCAGUGCCCAGGAUGAGAUAGGCCCGGAUUACGAGAAGAACUUGCCACUUUUUGUAUGCACUCUAGCAUUCCCGACAAUGCCGACUUUCCUCCAUAUCUUUGAGCCCAGAUACCGACUUAUGAUUCGGCGAGUUCUUGCAAGUGGAAAUGGGAAGUUCGGCAUGGUCAUGUACAACCGGCAAGGGCGGGUGCAGAUAGGUCGGCUGGGUGACGCACCCUUUAUGCCACACGGAACGCUUUUGAAGAUCGAGCGAUUUGAGCUGCUUCCAGAUGGCCGCAGUCUUGUGGUGGCUACAGGUGUGUCGCGGUUCAAGAUCAUUGAUUCGGGAAUGCUAGAUGGCUAUUAUGUUGCCAAAACAGAGCGUGUAGAUGAUAUUUCGCUCGCAGAAGAGGAGAGGCUUGAGUCGAUCGAGACCUCAACACAUGGUGUAAAUGCUCUGCUAGAAGAGAAUGGAUCCGGUCCUCCUUUGGGCUCAAUGCCAACUCAACAGCUACUCCUUUCGGCACAAGAGUUCAUCAACAAUCAGCGCAGAGCUGGGGCCCCUUGGUUGCACCCGCGCGUCAUGCUAGCAUAUGGGCCCGUCCCCACAGACGCAGCCCGCUUCCCAUGGUGGUUUGCAAGCAUUUUGCCCAUAUCCGAAGAAGAGAAAUAUCCCAUAAUCGCCGCUACAAGUGUUCGAGCGAGACUGAAGAUCUCGGCAAAAUGGGCGAGACAACUCGAAGCUCGAGACUGCUCGCAAAUAUCUAAUGAAGGUGAUCAAACGCGCGACAUUGGCCAGCAACAGCAGAAAGAUGAAGUGUAUGUCCAUCAAGGAUUUGUGAUUGGUGCAUUCCUAGUGAUCUUCCUCGCUCAGGUUGGGUUUAACUUUCUGUAUGCCGUUCGAACCGGAAGACGCAGACGACGGUUUCUGGAAAUGCAGUUUCCACAACCCCUGCCACAGCGGCAUCAGGAACAAGACCCUGGCUUGAAUAGAGAGCCUGAGAACAAUACGAGUACCGCAGAGGAAAGUGCACAAGAUGAUGGGGAGGCACGCCCCGUCACAGGAAACGCUCCUGGUGUUGGAUAG